AUGACAUCAUCAGUCCUCGCCGUGCCCUCGCCCCUCCUCCUUCAUCAUCAUGCUCUUCAAUGGCCCCGCCUCCUGCUGUUUCUGUGGCUUUGGCUUGGUGGACAGGUGGUCCAGGUGAGCUCCUCCCACCAGCACUUCCACCCCCACUCCAUAAAGAUCCCUGGUGACAUCACCCUGGGCGGCCUGUUCCCCAUCCACGCCCGCGGGCCCCACGGUUUGCCCUGCGGCGAGCUGAAGAAGGAGAAGGGGAUCCACCGCAUGGAGGCCAUGUUGUACGCGCUGGACCAGAUCAACAGCGACGCUGAGCUGCUGCCCAACAUCACGCUGGGCGUCCGGAUCCUGGACACCUGCUCCAGAGACACCUAUGCCCUGGAACAGUCACUCACCUUCGUCCAGGCGCUGAUCCAGAAGGACACGUCCGACAUCCGCUGCUCCAACGGAGAACCACCACUCAUCCGCAAACCAGAGCGCGUGGUCGGUGUGAUCGGAGCGUCGGCCAGCUCCGUGUCCAUCAUGGUGGCCAACAUCCUGCGUCUGUUCGAGGUAACCGCACACCUGUGCACAGGGUUUGAUCAGUACUUCACGUCUCGUUCUCUGGAGAACAACCGCAGGAACAUCUGGUUCGCUGAGUUCUGGGAGGAUGACUUCAGGUGCAAACUCACCCGACCUGGAAUCAAACUGGACCCCGACAAGAAGAAAUGCACAGGUGACGAGAGGAUUGGCCGGGACUCGAUUUAUGAGCAGGAGGGGAAGGUUCAGUUUGUGAUCGAUGCAGUGUACGCCGUCGCUCACGCUCUGCACAACAUGCACCAGGACCUGUGUCCCGGCAGCUUCGGGGUCUGCAGCAACAUGGACCCGGUGGAGGGACGCUCGCUGCUGGACUACAUCAGAGCCGUCAACUUCAACGGUAGCGCAGGUACGAGUGUUCUGUUCAAUGAGAACGGGGAUGCUCCUGGACGCUACGACAUCUUCCAGUUUCAGAUGACCAAUCACAGCCACCCUGGGUACCACGUCAUCGGCCAGUGGACCAACAACUUGAGACUCAACCUGGAGGAGAUGCAGUGGUCUGGAGGCGACCAGUCCGUUCCAGAGUCCAUCUGUAGUUUUCCCUGUAAGCCAGGAGAGAGGAAGAAGAUGGUGAAAGGUGUUCCCUGCUGCUGGCACUGUGAGCUCUGUGAUGGCUAUCAGUACCAGCUGGAUGAGUUUAACUGUGAGACCUGUCCGUUAGACAUGCGCCCCACCCCCAACAGAACCGGCUGUCGUCCCACUCCCAUCAUCAAACUGGAGUGGAACUCCCCCUUUGCCCUGGUGCCCACUUCUCUCGCCAUGCUCGGUAUCCUAGCAACCAGCGCCGUGGUCAUCACGUUCAUCCGCUUCAACGACACGCCUAUCGUCAGGGCGUCGGGGCGAGAGCUGAGCUACGUCCUGCUGACAGGUAUCUUCCUGAUCUACCUGAUCACCUUCCUGAUGAUCGCUGAACCAGGUGUGGUGGUGUGUGCAUUCCGGCGCCUCCUGCUGGGCCUCGGCAUGGCCAUCGCCUAUUCCGCCAUGUUGACCAAAACCAACCGCAUCUACCGCAUCUUCGAGCAGGGCAAGAAGUCGGUGACUCCGCCCAAAUUCAUCAGCCCCUCCUCCCAGCUCGUCAUCACCUUCAUCCUCAUCUCUGUCCAGGUGCUCGGCGUGUUUGUGUGGUUCGCCGUCGUCCCUCCACACACCAUCAUCGACUACGAGGAGCAACGGCCGCCAAACCCCGACUUUGCACGAGGCAUCCUGAAGUGUGACAUGUCCGAUCUGUCAAUCAUCUGCUGCCUCAGCUACAGCAUCGUUCUCAUGGUAACCUGCACGGUGUACGCGGUGAAGAGUCGCGGUGUUCCGGAGACGUUCAACGAAGCGAAGCCGAUCGGUUUCACCAUGUACACGACCUGCAUCGUCUGGCUCGCCUUCGUACCGAUAUUCUUUGGUACCGCACAGUCCACCGAGAAGAUGAACAGAACUGGUCCGGAACCAGCAGAACAGCAGCAGGAGAAUGGGAUGAGUUAG